AUGCCGUCCCUUGAAGAGCCCAAGAAUGAAGCCCGACUGCUGCUAGUCUCGAACCGCUUGCCGAUUACUAUCAAACGAUCAGAAGAUGGAAAGUAUGAUUUCUCCAUGUCAUCCGGAGGCCUGGUCAGUGGGUUGAGUGGUCUGUCCAAAUCUACAACUUUCCAGUGGUACGGAUGGCCCGGCCUAGAGGUGCCCGAGGAUGAGAUUCCGGAGGUCAAGGCGCGUUUGAAGGAGGAAUAUGGCGCGGUACCAGUGUUUAUCGAUGAUGAACUGGCCGACCGUCACUACAAUGGAUUCUCCAACUCCAUUCUCUGGCCACUAUUCCACUACCACCCCGGUGAGAUCACCUUCGACGAAUCCGCCUGGGAGGCUUACAAGGAAGCGAAUCGCUUGUUUGCCAAAGCCAUUUCCAAAGAAGUCCAGGAUGGUGACCUGAUCUGGGUGCAUGACUACCACCUCAUGCUUCUACCAGAGAUGCUGCGCGAGGAGAUCGGUGAUAGCAAGAAGAACGUCAAGAUUGGCUUCUUCUUACAUACCCCGUUCCCCAGUAGUGAGAUCUACCGAAUUUUGCCCGUUCGAAACGAACUGCUCUUGGGUGUUUUGCAUUGCGAUCUGAUUGGUUUCCACACCUACGAUUACACCCGGCAUUUCCUAAGCAGUUGCUCGCGCUUGCUGGGCCUUGCGACGACACCGAAUGGUAUCGAGUUUCAAGGCAAGAUUAUCACCUGCGGAGCCUUCCCCAUUGGAAUCGACCCCGAGAAGUUUAAGGAAGGUUUGAAGAAGGAGAAGGUGCAAAAGCGCAUUGCCAUGCUGGAGCAGAAGUUCCAGGGAGUCAAGCUGAUGGUCGGUGUCGAUCGUCUCGACUACAUCAAGGGCGUACCGCAAAAAUUGCAUGCACUGGAGGUCUUCCUAAGUGACCACCCGGAGUGGGUUGGAAAGGUAGUCUUGGUGCAAGUCGCCGUUCCGAGUCGUCAAGAUGUCGAGGAAUACCAGAAUCUACGAGCUGUGGUGAACGAGUUGGUGGGCCGAAUCAACGGCAAAUUUGGCACGGUUGAGUUCCAGCCAAUCCACUUCCUCCACAAGUCCGUCAACUUUGAUGAGCUUAUCGCCCUUUACGCUGUGUCAGAUGCUUGUAUUGUAUCAUCUACCCGUGAUGGCAUGAACCUCGUGGCCUACGAGUACAUUGCUACGCAGCAGAAGCGCCACGGCGUUUUGGUUCUUUCCGAGUUUGCCGGUGCUGCCCAGAGUCUGAACGGCAGCAUCAUCGUCAACCCAUGGAACACCGAGGAGUUGGCCGGUGCAUACCAGGAAGCUGUCACUAUGAGCGACGAACAGCGCGCCCUCAACUUCACCAAGUUGGACAAAUACGUCUCCAAAUACACCAGUGCAUUCUGGGGUCAAUCCUUCGUCACCGAGCUCACUCGGAUAUCAGCCCAUUCCGCUGAUAAAUUCCAAGCGAAGAAAAUCGCCGUUGCCGCUAGCACCAACAGUGAUAGCGAUGUCCCCGAGCCCACGGAAGUUGAAUAG